AUGGCGAGCACUGCCGACACCGAAAUGGCGGCAAUUAGUCCUGCGCAAAUCGCGGCGCUCUCUAUUAGCAUAUUCGCCAUUCUGGUGUUCACCAGCACAAGCAUCUAUUUGUGCGGGCGGCGCAAGGGCUGCAAGGUGGCGACACAGCGAGCGAUACAAAGCAUCGUCCACCUGCACCUCCAUCCCCACACGCGCAUACCAGAAGAUGCGACGAGACCGCAAAGCUCGACGGCGACUGAACUGCAGGGCACGAGCGGCGGCGGCGGGCGACUCACCAAGCUGAUAAAACAGAUAUUCGGCAUCACGGCCGCCACUGCCGGCGCCACCGCCACCGCCGAAGAAGCGUCAUCGGCGGAAAAGAAACAAGAUUCCAGAGCGUCGAGAUCGCGAGCGACGUCGCCGCUGCAAAUAGGCAUUCAUCCGGGCUCAAGCAACCGGUUUAGCGGCACGGAAGAGUUUCAGGCCGCCGUGCACAAUCUUCUGGGCUACCGGCCUGAUGAGCUGCAGGAAUGGUACUCUGAGUCCGACGACGACGCGCAUGACGAAUCGCAACAGGAGCAAGAUGAGGGCUUCUUUCCGGCAGUGGGCCACUGUGGCUCGCCGCUGCCGGCAUAUCAAGAAGUGGCAGAGACGGAACCGCACAGGUUUUCGUGGCAAGGGCAAGAAUCUGAUUAUCGACCGGAGAAGAGAUAG